UUCUUGAGAAAAGUUUUCUUCUACAAUAAAGAGCCCUGCCCUUCUGUCUCUCUCUCUCUCUUCCUCUAUUUCCUCGAUCGGUCUCAGUCUCUCCCCAUCUCGGCGUUAUUCGAUCGCAGUAGGAAGACGAACCUGAAACAGGUUGUAAUUGCGCAAGGACAUCUGAAAGAGAAAUCAGGCCUUGAGAAUCCUUAAACGGAAAAACGCUAGUAUGUGUCACUUAGCUGAUACAAAUGCCAUCUAUCUGCAUUAAGGGACUGGACAUGAGACCUUUAGGUUGAAGAAGUUGAAAAUUUCAACACCUGGUGUGUGUCUCUGCUGACAUAAUUUGGAAUGGGUCUGCCAACUCCAGCUUUCUAGUAAAAAGGAAAAUAGUGACCCAUUGUUGUGUUUGGCACGAUUAAUAAUUCACAAAACACUUGUCUCAAGUUUCUAAAAUUCUUGACACUGCCUUUAUGAAUCUUGAAAAUUAUGUCCAACUUUAGUAGUAGAAGUUGCUUAAGUCCUAGGUGCAUGGCGAAUCAAGGAUUGACAUGCCUAUUUAUAGAGAACUUUUGAUCCAUUUCUAGUAGUAGAAGUUGCUUUAGUCCUACGCGCAUUUGAACCUAGGAUUUACUGCCUAAUUAUCCAUCCUUAGGCUGUCUAGUGCUAGACGACUGAUCUAUGUUCUCGGUUCUGCUCAUGCCUCACCAAGUCAGUUUGUCCUUUUCUUCACAAUGUAAAGGCCUUCUCUCCCUCCCUUCCACUCUGUCUCUCUCUCUGUCUCUGUCUCUGUCUCUCUCUCUCUCUCUCUCUCUCUUAUAUCUCCCCUGCCCCGACCAUGAAGAAGAGGAGGAGGAGGAGGAAGAAGAAGUAGAAGAGGUUAAUUAAGAUGACCGAACCUUCAAAAGUUCUUCAUGUCCGAAAUGUUGGGCAUGAAAUAUCUGAGCAUGAUCUACUUCAAUUGGUCCAACCAUUUGGUGUCGUCACUAAACUUGUGAUGCUUCGAGCAAAAAAUCAGGCUCUUCUUCAAAUGCAUGAUGUUGCUUCUGCCGUCAGUGCAUUGCAGUACUAUACAAGCGUUCAGCCAAGUAUCAGGGGAAGGAAUGUCUACAUUCAGUUCUCGUCACAUCAAGAAUUGACCACAGCAGAUCCAAGUUCUCAGAGUAAAAAUGGCGACCAAGAUUCUCAGCCCAACCGAAUUCUGUUAGUUACAAUCCAUCACCUGCUAUACCCUAUAACGGUGGAAGUGCUGCAUCAAGUGUUUUCUCCGCAUGGUUUUGUGGAGAAGAUCGUCACGUUUCAGAAGACAGCUGGAUUUCAGGCUCUUGUACAGUACCAGAGUCGCCAAAGUGCCGUUCAAGCAAGAAACACUUUGCAGGGGCGUAAUAUCUAUGAUGGCUGCUGUCAGCUUGAUAUACAGUUUUCCAAUCUGCCAGAAUUACAAGUGAACUACAAUAAUGAAAGGUCUAGAGAUUUCACAAAUCCAUCUCUGCCUUCUGAACCAAAGGGAAGACCAUCACAAAGUGGCUAUGGCGAUGCGGGAGGGCUGUAUGGACUUCAGCAUGCUGUGGCAUUUCCACAGAUGGGUACAGCUGCUGCUGUUGCAGCUGCCUUUGGUGGAGGGCUACCGCCUGGCAUUUCUGGUACUAAUGACCGGUGCACACUUCUUAUUUCCAACCUAAACUCUGAUAAAGUUGACGAGGACAAGCUUUUCAAUUUAUUCUCUAUAUAUGGCAAUAUUGUUCGAAUUAAAUUGCUUCGAAACAAACCAGACCAUGCAUUAAUACAGAUGGCGGAUGGCUUUCAGGCUGAGAUGGCUGUUCAUUUUUUGAAGGGUGCAAUUCUCUUUGGCAAGCGCCUUGAGGUGAACUUUUCCAAGCAUCCGAACAUCACACCAGCACAGGACACCCGUGAUUACUCUGGGUCCAAUCUCAACAGAUACAACCGGAAUCCAGCGAAAAAUUAUAGGUACUGCUGUGCACCCACCAAAACUAUUCAUAUAUCUACUCUCCCUCAAGACAUCACAGAGGAGGAUAUCAUUACCCAUCUAGAGGAACAUGGAACCAUAGUGAAUUCCAAGCUAUUUGAGGUUAAUGGCAAGAAACAGGCUCUUGUGGUGUUUGAAACAGAGGAGCAGGCUACAGAGGCCCUCGUUUGUAAGCAUGCUAGCACCCUGGACAGAUGCGUUAUCCGAAUUGCAUUCUCACAGUUGCAGAACAUAUAGACUUUUCCAGAAUGCAUUGGGGUGACAGGUCGAAGGUUUGUUGUAUAAGAGUGAUUUCCAGGUGUCCACCAAAUGCUGUACAAGAAUUACCCAGGACUUGUGUCUGUUCUUUUGUGUUUCUUAACGAGAAUCCUGUUUUCCAUUUUGGUUGGUUUGGUAAGCCAGUAUCUAUGUUUUUACGGGAGUAUGAAACCUUACGUUCUUAUGAAGAUAUGUGCUAUCUCCUUGCUGCACUUUUCAA